GUGAAAAAGAAAUUGUCUAGCUAUCUUUCUUCACUUCUUUUCUACCUAAAUAUAAUAAAAAUAAAUACCAAGAAAAAAAAAAUGUCUCCUUAUAUUUUAGCAGUUAUAUGCAUUUUGCUAUCAGCUUGUAGUUUCUAUGAAACAAAUGCUCAAUUAAGUGCUAAUUUUUACUCAAGUACAUGUCCAAAUGUUUCAAGUAUUGUCCAAAAUGUAAUUCAACAAGCUUUACAGUCUGAUGCGCGCAUUGGAGCCAGCCUCAUUCGUCUUCAUUUUCACGAUUGCUUUGUCAACGGAUGUGAUGCUUCACUUUUGUUGGAUAACAACGCUACAACAAAUAUAGUAAGUGAGAAAGAUGCAGCUCCAAAUACAAAUUCCACAAGAGGUUUCGACGUUGUUGACAACAUUAAAACAGCUCUUGAAAGUUCUUGUCCUGGCGUUGUCUCAUGUGCCGAUAUUCUUGCUCUUGCUGCAGAAUCCUCUGUUUCUCAGGCAGGUGGUCCUUCAUGGAAUGUUUUAUUAGGACGAAGAGACAGUAGAACCGCAAACCAAGCAGGAGCUAAUACAUCAAUUCCUUCUCCUACUGAAGGGUUAACCAACAUUACAGCAAAGUUUACUGCUGUUGGCCUUAACAUUACCGAUUUAGUUGCCUUAUCUGGUGCACAUACAUUUGGACGUGCCCAAUGUCGUGUAUUCAGUGCCCGGCUUUACAAUUUCAAUGGCACAGGAAAUCCAGAUCCAAGUUUGAACACAACUUACUUAGCUAACCUUAGGCAAAUAUGUCCUCAAAAUGGCAGUGCAACAGCCUUGGCUAAUCUUGAUCCCACCACGUCUGAUGGUUUCGAUAAUAAUUAUUACACGAAUUUGCAGAACAAUCAAGGGCUUUUGCAAUCAGAUCAAGAGUUAUUUUCAUCAGGAACAACUUUAUCAAUUGUGAACACAUUUAGUAGUAACCAAAAUACAUUUUUUCAGAGCUUUGUUCAGUCUAUGAUUAAUAUGGGAAAUAUUAGUCCGUUAACGGGUACCAAUGGGGAAAUUCACUCAGAUUGUAAAAGAAUCAAUUGAAGCAAAAAGUUUU